GCUGGAUGCCGGCCAGGGAUGCUUCCGCCGGACCGCUGUGCGGGUCUUGGGCUGUGGCGGAGGGAUGGCGAAUGUGCAGGUGGCCGUGAGGGUCCGGCCUCUCAGCAAGCGCGAGGCCAAAGAAGGGGGAAGAAUUAUUGUGGAAGUUGAGGACAAAGUGGCAAAAAUCAGGAAUUUGAAGGUGAACAGUCGACCAGAGAGGUCUGGAGACACCCGGGAGAAGGUUGUAGCGUUUGGUUUUGAUUACUGCUAUUGGUCAGUCAACCCGGAGGACCCUCAAUAUGCAUCUCAGGAAGUGGUGUUCCAGGACUUGGGUACUGAAGUACUGUCUGGAGCUGCCCAAGGUUACAACAUAUGCCUCUUUGCCUAUGGGCAGACGGGCUCUGGGAAGACAUAUACCAUGCUGGGGACUCCAGCUUCUGUUGGGCUGACCCCACGGAUAUGUGAGGCUCUCUUCAUCAGGAAAGAUGACUGUGCCUCACUGCCUUCUUCCCGCAGCAUAAAAGUAAGCUUCCUGGAGAUCUACAAUGAACGGGUGAGAGAUCUUUUGAAGCAAUCCAGUCAAAAUAAGUCCUAUAGCUUGAGGGUCAGGGAGCACCCAGAGAUGGGACCCUAUGUCCAAGGUCUAUCUCAGCAUGUUGUUACCAACUACACGCAAGUUAUACAGCUCCUGGAGGAGGGGAUAGCAAACAGGAUCACAGCAGCCACCCAUGUUCAUGAGGCCAGCAGCAGAUCUCAUGCCAUUUUCACUAUCCACUAUGCACAGGCAACGCUACAGAACAACCUCCCCUCAGAGACUGCCAGCAAGAUCAACCUUGUGGACCUAGCAGGCAGUGAGAGAGCAGAUCCCAGUUACUGCAAGGACCGGAUUACUGAAGGUGCCAAUAUCAACAAGUCCCUUGUGACUCUGGGAAUUGUCAUCUCCACUUUAGCCCAGAACUCCCAAGUGUUCAGCAGCUGCCAGAGCCUCAGCAGUGCAGCCAGCAGUGGGGGUGACAGUGGGAUCCCUAACACUACAUCUGGGACCAGCAGUGGAGGGGCAUCUGUGAGGAGGCAGUCUUACAUCCCAUACCGGGACUCUGUACUGACGUGGCUGCUGAAGGAAAGCCUCGGAGGCAACUCCAGAACCAUCAUGGUUGCCACUGUGUCCCCUGCACACACCAGCUACAGCGAGACCAUGAGUACGCUGAGAUACGCAUCCAACGCCAAAAACAUCAUCAACAGGCCACAGGUGAACGAGGAUGCGAGUGUGAAGCUCAUCCGAGAACUCAGGGAGGAGAUUGAUAGGCUGAAAGCCAUGCUGCUGAGCUUUGAACUGAGGAACAUCCGCUCAUUAAACGAUGAACUGGAUGAAAGCCUGAAGGAGGUGGUCCUCCGGAAUGACCUGAAGAUGGAUCAGCUGGCUCGAGAGUGGGCACAGAAGUGGAAUGACUGGCAGGCCAUCAUGGAGCAUUACGGUGUGGACAUCAACAGGAGGAGGGCUCGGGUGGUCAUCGACUCCAGCCUGCCACACCUGAUGGCUUUGGAAGACGAUGUGCUCAGCACAGGUGUUGUGCUUUAUCAUCUCAAGGAGGGGACAACAAAAAUAGGGAGGAUUGAUUCAGACCAGGAACAGGACAUAGUCCUUCAGGGCCAGUGGAUUGAGAGGGACCACUGCACAAUCACUAGCACUUGUGGGGUGGUCAUUCUCCGGCCUACCCAAGGGGCACGCUGUACAGUCAAUGGCCGAGAGGUCACUGCUUCCUGCCGUCUGACUCAAGGAGCUGUCAUCACCCUGGGGAAAGCACAGAAGUUCCGAUUUAACCACCCAGCUGAGGCUGCUUUGCUGCGGCACAACAGGCUUAAGGUUGGAGAGGCUCUUGACAGCAGUUGCUCUUUGGAAUGGUUGGACUUGGACGGAGAUGUCACUGCUUCAAGACUGGGUCUCUGUCCUGUCCUUUGGAAAGAGAGGAAAGUGCUGGAAGAGGAGUGUGACAAGGACCAGCAGACAUCAAAAAAUGGCGAGAUCUCCCACAAAGCCCAGACUGAGCAACAGCAAUGUUAUGUGGAGAAUCUGAGGCAACAGGCUGUAGAAGGGCAGAGUAGCGUUCAGAAGGACCCAGAACUGGACCAGAUACAUAACAGUCAGCAGAUAAAAGACAACCAGCAGUGGCUACUCAGAGACGAGACCUGGCUAGCCAGCUUACAGGAGGCACAGCAAGAAGACAACAGUGGAGAAGAGAAAGAACUUGAGGCCUUUGUGGCACCUGAUGCUUGGCGUCCAACAGAUCCUCAGACUCUACCAUCCCCUCUGGUUCAAAGCCAGAAGAGGGUGCUGCAGCUGCAGCGCUUGUGGACACGCACUUCUCGGGCUGCAGUGUGGAACAUCAGGCAGAAGAAGGUCUCAUUCCAGCUGGAGAGAAUUAUUAAGAAGCGGAGGCUGCUAGAGACCCAGAGAAGACUGGAGCAGCUCAGGGCACUCUUUUGGCUCCCAGAUGAUGGUGCCUCCAAGGCCCCAAGUUGGGUCUCCAGCUCUAACACCUCACGCUCAGGUUCUCAGCGUAGAAGCAGAUGGACAACUUGCAGCUCUCUAAGCCUCCGAAAGCUCUGCAGCCAACGCCUGUCCCAGCUACACAGUGCUUUCAUGAACUGGGAUCCUUCUACCAUGUCACCACCUGUUCCUGACCCAAUUCACCAAAUACCAGAAAAAACCCUAUCAGCAGAUUGCGUUCCCCAGGCUACUGCUUACCCUCCAAGAACAGGUUGCCGGGGCAGGAACAGCCUCCAUCCACCAGGCUGGAGGCGCUAUCCUGCCAGGGGAGCCUCAACCAGGAAGGGAGUCUCUACCCAAGGCACCUGUCUCACUGUGAGCCAUGAGUCUGUCAGUAGCCAGGAAAUUGAGUUAUUGAGUAAGCAGUCCUGUCAGAUGUCUUCCCAGGGCCUAGCAACUAAAAAGCUAAAGUCAAGAAAUGGUUCAAGGACCCACACCCCUGCUGCACAGACCAGAAGGGCUAAGGGACUAGAAGCUGCUGGCAACACACAAACUGGAUGGCAAAAAGAGGGGAGCUGUGGAGCCUACAAGGCCCCCAAGGAAACCACUGCCCACUCUACUUAUCUCAGUGGAGCCGAGCAACCAGCUGGGCAUGGGAAAGUAAUUACGACUUUUCAGACAGAAUCCAAACCAACACCUCCAAGCAAGGCAUCAAAAAAACAUCAAAGGGUGCUGGCAGCUAGGGCCAGAGAUAUUGCCAAAAAGUUCUCUCGUUCACCUCAUGAUAGUUCUUUAAAAAGACAACCUAACACAGGGGAUCCAGACGCGCCGGCCUUCUGCACAGAUUCCAGACCUAUAAAAAGGGAUUGUGUAAGAGAGAAGGACAAUGAUUUAUCUGACAAUGAUAGCAGUUACUCAGUGGAUUCUCUCUCUUAUGUCUAUGCCAAAGUCCCAAAGGAGCGGCUGAAGCCAGAGGACCUUCAGGGAACAUGGCAUCUUCCAGCUCGAGAGAACUCUGAAAGUGACAUUAGUCAAAUAUCUGAGGAUUCACUUGUUGAGAAAGGGUACCACAGCCCCUCAGAAGACUCAGGGGAUGAACAUUCCACCAUGAACCAUGGGCAUUCAAGGGCCAGAAUUUCAGUCUCUGUGAGACACCUCCUGAAGCCCUCAGACAGUACCUUAUGUGGUCAAGCACAAAGGAGCUUUUCCCUGGACAGCCUGACUGAAGCUGAAGAACUGGGAGAAGAUAGGCAAGAGGAACCUUUCCUUGGUUCUUCUGAUGAGAUGCCUACAGAGACUUUUUGGCACCUGCACAAGGCCGCCCUACCUGCAGUAGACCAGGAGGCAACAUGCAUGCCUAGCCCUAUCAAGCACAGAACAGGAGUCAGGCCUAAUGCCUUCCUGACAAAGAGCAAUUCAUUUUACCUUGAUCCUGAGUUCCAGCCCCACUGUGAGCAGCCUGAGUCAGAAAUGGAGGCAAGCUAUUCUGAACAAGCCAACUCUCUCCAAGGCAUGCAGCUUACAAGAGAGAGCCCCCUGGUAUCUGUGGAUUCCUGGUUCUCUUGUGACUCUAAGGUCAAUCCCAGCAGCCCCUCAGCGACUGUGCAUUCUUUAUGUCCAAGUCCUGAUGUACAUGAAAUUCAGCCCUGUGAAGAGAUGCCUAGGCACAGGCUAAAUAUCGAAGAAGUAAAGCCACCAGGUACAGUCCUGUCACCUAGCUACAAACUGUCCCAAGGCAGUACUAAGCCACCCUGUAGUUCAGGUUUGUACAUAACCUCUGCUUCUGAUAUAACCAAGCCCUCAGUUUGUGGAAGUCAAAAGUUCCUUCAGCCAGGAGCUGAUGGUGUCUUCCGGGACAAAGAAAUUCCUGACAUGACCUACCAUGGCAUCUCUGAAGAGUCACACAAUUCUGACACGUCAAGUGUGCUGGCUCCCUCUGCCACUUCACUGGCUCAUGAAGGUAGUAUUCAUGAGAAGGACUGGGCUUCCCUUCAGCAGAAGUAUCUCCUUGAACUCUCUAAUUCUGUUUUGGAAGCUGUGGGAGAGCCCAGGCCAGCUUUCUCCUGCCUGGAGGAAGAGUCUAGCUCCCUAGCUGAAGCUUCUGAUAAAGUAGAUACUCAGUUGCCAGUUGACCCUGGUGUAUCUAAAAAUUUAGAUUUCAGCUACUUUCCAGUCCACAUAUCAAAAAUCAGACACUUAAGAGCAGAGAAAGAGCAUGACAGUUUGAGUGGCAACUUAGAAAGUGCUUCUGAUCUCUUGAGUACCAUCGAGAAAGGGAGUUACAAUGGGGCAAACUCGGCAGACCUAGAAUCACUGACUUCUGGAUCUAUAAAUGCACAGACCUGUAUAGCAGGAAAUAAGACACCAAAUUAUAUGACAGAAGCAUGGGAAGUCAAACAGACCAGCUUGGGAGGGUGCCUUCAGGGUAGCAGGAACCCUGGGCUGAUAACUUCCUCUGGGCAGUAUUUCUUCCAGAAGAAGGCUUUUCACAAUCGUGAUAUCUUACCUACCAAAGCAGACCACUGGCCCCAAGAUGGGACUCUUCUCGAAAAAAGCACUGUUGUUCAGCCAAGACUAAGUCACAACAGUUGUCAGCAGCCACUGCUGGAGGAGAAGGCAGAUUCUCAGCAGCAUGCCAAGGAAGCAGAUGGAACACAUACAGAUGCUUCUUGUACUUUCCCGUCAGGUCCAGAGCUCUUCCUGCACUCUGCUCCCUGGAGUCCUUUCCCAUCUUCUCUACAGCCACCUUCCUUGGAAACAUUUUAUGUAACCAAAAGCAGGGAUGCCCUGACAGAAACUGCCUUAGAGAUUCCAGCCUGCAGGGAAGCCUGGGUGCCAUCCCCACCCCCCAGGGAAGCCUGGGGCUUUGGUCAUAGCUAUCAGGUCCUCCAGAAAGCUAACUGGAGGAAUAACUUACCCAAGUUGUCACAAGGCCAGAAUUCUAAGACUGACGCGUCUCAGCAGUUGACAAGGAGGCCAACUCUUCUGAAGACAGAAGUCACUGAAGAACUGGAGCAAUGCUCUAGAAAUACGAGAAAGGAAGGAAACCACGAUUCUGCUUACUGUUUUUUUGCUCAGAACAGACAUCAUCUCCCUUCUACCAGCCUCAAAGUUUGUGAAUGUGGAAAUCAACUUGGAAUUUUAAAUAAAAAGUACAGCUUCUCAGUCCACGAGGAAGGAGGAGGGGCCUCUGCCUGGCAUCACUGCAGUGUCGCCUUUGACGGGUCUGAGUCAAAGACUUUGCUCUUCAUCUGUGAUUCCAAGGCAAGUGGGGAAGAACAGAGCCCACUCCCACCACAGAUCCAGGCCUGUGCUGUUCACAGCCAGUCUUCAUCUGGAGCCAGGUCUGACUUCAUUGGUAAGAUCACCAAUUUAGACCUGGAGAAGGUCCUACCUGAGGAAACUGCUCUUCCUUUGACGUCCAGAUCGCUGCACAGUCGAGUAAGCAGCCCGGAGAUCAUGACAGGAGGUGGGAGCCCACCUCACAGGUGGGAAGGGAGGAAUGAAACAGUGCUUCCCAGGGAGGUGAUUUCCAAAGACAUCCAAGAAGAGUUUAGUCUUCCAGGAACCCAGUACACCUGUGAAAGGUGCCAUCUAGCCAUGUGCUCUCAGGAAAGAAAAGCUAGAGAAUGCAAGGUUCAUGGGCAAUCCCAAGAAAUAAAGUCCAAAGAAGAACCUUUGGGAGAGAGACAGAAUAAGAGAGUUAACAGUGCCGACGAAAUGGCUAGGCUGAUCAGGAGUGUAAUGCAGCUGGAAACUGACAUCUUAGAAAUUGAAUCCAAGCAGAAGCAGCAGCUUCAUGUUUCUCAAAUGCCAAGUACAGAGUUUAUGCUCCAGGACCGCCAGGACCAGGAGAGGGCUGACCGUGGUCUGAUGCCAGGAAGUUCUGGAAAACAUCCAUUCUUUGAGAGUCAGCCAUCUUUUCCAAUACAGAUUGAGGAUGGUAUCUUUGGAGACAGUGAAGCUAGGGAAAUGGAGGGUAACAAUGCUAUCAGUAAUGCCCAGGUUCAGAAAAGCAUAGGAAGCCCCUUUAGGUCAAGGGGACAUGCACAAAAGGGGAAGUCUGAGAGUGAACACUCACACCCACCACCUGGAGUAGAUGGGCAUGCAAGGGACAUGUGUGAUUCUUUGGAGAAGGACAUAGCUCUCAGAGAGCCUAGCAACAUUUCAAAGAGAAUGAACGUGUUAGCCAGUGCUCUGCCAUUGCAGCCCAUUGUAGAGAGCUCUCCUGAGAAGGAUGACGAGCUGUUAAAAGCAUCAUCAGACUUCCAAGACAGGGCUUGGACCUUGGAAAGUUUCAAGGAAACAGAAACUAUGGGAAGUGUUCAGGAAAGCCAAACUGUUGAACUCCCAAGUGAUUCAGAGUUGAAGGAUGCAAAAGCUCACAGGAGAGUUGAAGAACUGGCCAUGGAAAAAGGGGGGAAGCUGCAAGAGACUUUGGUCUCACUGACCCAAAAACUUCCAGCUCCAAGCCAGGAUUGUAAGGGUACAUUUUUCAUCCAGGAAACUGUCUCCCCGCUCCAUAAUCAGACAGGCUUCUCUGCAACUCUUCCUGAUAGAGAACUGAGUGGUACCCAACCCUUGGAUUUUCCAAGCUUACCAAGAAGCUGUUUGCAUGCCUCUGAUACUAGAGGCAUCUCUUCAGUUGAGUACGUGUUAGAGCCUACAAUGUUGAAAAUUAAUAGAAGUUCCUUGGCAACUGGAGUAGGGCAUCAGGAUUACAGUGGAGGAGCCAGAAGCAGUAGCCCACAGGGAAGUGGUAUUGUGGAUGCUUCAGCUGCACACACUGCCUGGUGUGAAUCUGUGACGCCCACAGUCAUGAGAGCUAAUGAUCAGUCACUUAUACCAGAGAGCAUUCUACUAGAGACAGAGGACUGGAUAACAGGAAGCACUAGCUCCCAAGAAGACCAGAGAGGGGACUUCAGAGUCACUUCAACAGGCUUGACUAUCCAGGAAGAUUUGGGUUCUGAAUCUGAGGCAACUGUACAAAAAGAAAUAAACAGUUCCUUGGACAGCGUCUCAAGGCAGGCUGAAAAGAGGGUCAGUUUCCUCCUACAGGAAGAUAGUGACCAGGGUGAGGAGGAAAGGCAGACAGAAGAGAAGUCCGAUCAGCAGUCUGCUAGCUCAACAUCCUUGUCUCUACCGAGGGUGCUGGAUCCAGAGCCUCCGCUGCUACCUGACUCCUCUAUACAUGCAUCCAUAUGUCUGGCUAUCUUGGCAGAGAUCAGACAGGCAAAAGCACAGAGGAAGCAGCUUAAUGACUUUGUGACUAAGGAGACAGUCCUUCCUUAUGAGACUUCACAAGAAGGGUGUUUUUCUGAGGCUGCUGGUAGGCCUCUGGAGCAAAUGGUUAAGUUAGGGUGGGGAAGCACCAGGAAUGGAAAUGAAGCCCUAGGACUGCAUAUGGCAUCUCCAGCUGCUGUGUCUGCAGACCUCUUGGAUGCUGAGAAGGAAGUGCAAGCCGUGCCUCCCAGUGCAGGGAACUUUCAGCAUCUGCCCAGCCCUGAAACUGACAGAGGACCAGGGCAUCAUUUGCUGGCUUCCUCUCACGUAAUCCCAGGUAUAGAAAAAAGACAUUGUACUAGAGAGUCAAGACAGUUUUGUGGAGCAAGUGGAUGGUCUGAGUCUUCUGAAGUCAUAGAGACAAAGAAAGAAACAUCCAGAACACUGUCCUUUGUUGAUCCUUCGGCCUCAGACAGGCUUCUUUCUAUAUCAGCUGUAGAGCAGGAUGGGAGGGUGGGAUCAGAGAAAGUGUCUGUCUUACCUUUUCAAACUUCUUGUGAUGAUCCUGGCAGGAUUCUGCAUGGGCAAAGUCAGUUAGCUUCAUGGAAAACUGCAGAGGGCAUAUCCUUUGGUAGUCAGGACAGCAUCCCAGAGUAUCGGGAACCUAGACGUCUAGAUUGUACAUGUGGAGGAGGCUCAGUUAAAAUCUUAGUGACCACACAGGAAGGAAAAGCAGUCCAUUAUGAAUGUCAGUCUGUGAUCUGUCAUGUUGAUAAUUCUGCAGGCCUUUUAGGGCCCAAGAAAGACCAUGUCCAGUGCUCAGAUGCUUCUACUGGCUUAGAAGAAAUUAAGGCAAGUCCAACACCAUGUGCUGUUCAACCAGGGGCUCCUAAAAAGGCUGAAGCAGAAGCUCACAUGUAUCAUCCUGUCCAGUGGAGAAAUGUUGACUCUGACCUGGCAGAAGCCCAUGGAGCUGACAACAAGAAUCCAAGGUCAACUCCACUUGUAGGUCAGAUCCCUACCCUGCAUCUUAGUGGAGUUAGAAAAGAGACGCCAUGUCUGUGCCCAAAAGAGUGCCUUGUCUUAGAGAGGAGAACUAGAGGCAGCAGGCCACUUGACUCAUCUUAUGAGGAGGAAGAGAACAGAAUGAUUUCUCAACUAAAUGGUUCUCAACCUACUGCUGUUCAUGCCUGCUGCUCCCAUGCCUCCACUCUGCCGUGUUAUAGAGACGGUGUCCUUAGGAAAGGAACUCCUCAGGCUGCUCCACAUCCUGUCCACUCACCUUCCAUAGUUCCAUAUAGGGACUGUGAAGUGGACAGAACAGUAGAGAGAUUUCCCAAGCAUGAGCAUGUUAAUGUAGAACCUGGGUCUGUAGACAACAGCGUCCCCAACCCAUCCACUGCAGCUGCUGUCUCCUCUCCAGCUCAACGCCGCUAUUCCCUAUCCACCUCAGAAGUGAAGGCAAAUGGCCUCACCCAUGUAGCUGCUGGUGGAAGGUCAGUUGAAGGUUCUGAGGAAAACAUUUCAGGGAAGACCAGCAUUGCCCCUAAGGAUGUUUAUACAACCAAUCCUGCAGGAACACACUCUGAGCCACUGAGGACUUGGAAGGAUAACUCUGUAGGGGAGAAUGCACAGGUCUCUCAAUCCAAGCCAGAACCUCCUGUAGUGACUCAGGGACCACAUACCCUGAAUUUAAAUGAAGGAUCUGUUGAUGGUACACUGGUAAUAGCAGCUCAGUAUGGACAUUUAGAAAAUACUACCAGACACUGCUCAGGAAAGACACAACCUUCCACUGAGGUCAGGGGUCACAGCUGCAUGGGUCCUCAAGCCAAUUUUAUACAUAGGUUAAAACACACCUGCCAUCCUCAAAUUGAGACUUCGUGGGAGGAAGAAGAGCAACAAAGAGAGCAAGCUUCAGGAGGUGGCAAAGACCAUGCCCAGGUCAGAAAUCUAACAUCUUCAAAUGAAGGUGGCUUUGAUGGCUGUCAUACUAGAGAUAGUGAAAGAGAGGAGAUAGUUGUAACCAAGUCUCCUGUGUCCCAGACUUUGUUUUCAGACCUUGCAGGCUCAGCUUCUCUGCCCUUGGGGCAAACUGAAACAUCACAGCCUGCUGCCCCGACUCCUGGUCAACUCUACUCAGGAAGGGAACAGCUGGCUCUCCGCCCCAAGCACGCACUCCCUGUGAUUGCAGUCUUCUCUGGCACUAAGCAUUCCAGGUACUCCCCUAGACCUCAGUUCUCUGUGAUCAGCUCAUCUCGAUCUCUUCAAGAAUUAAAUUUGAGUGUGGAGUCUCCUUCCCUGACAGAUGAGGAUGCACAGGGGCCAAAGAGAUUGUGGAGCCCCCUUCUCAGGGGCCAUUCCUUAGAAAAUCCAUUGCCAACAUCUCCAAAGAUUCAGGGUUGCAAUCAGAAAGCUUCUUGUAACUUGAACAAUAGCCCCACUGAACAUGAGCCCCUGAAACCUGUCAUUCCUCCUUAUCCAACAUCAUCUACUGUGUCAUGUAUGCCAACCCCUGAUUUCAUGACUAACUGGAUGCCUGGUACUUUGGAACAGGCCCAUCAAGGAAAGACAGAUAAACUGAGUGUCCAGGGUAUGCCAGAGAACUGGCACUCUCAGGUGGACAAAGAAGUACUGCACUUUGGUUCUAGUGACAUAAAUUCCUAUGUCCUGCCCUGGUGUCCACAGGGACCUGUGCGUAUUGGCUGGAAGCAGUAUGUGUUUGGAAGUGCAGUUGAUGACUCUUGUAGCCAGAAACCCCAAUGCCUAAUACCAUCAAAUAUGGCUCAGUGUUCCAGCAUGGAUAGUGCCCUGGACGACAAGAGAUCCCCAUUUCAUUCCCAUGUAAGGACUGACGCCAAAACUGGGGAUCAGUCAAAUAUGCACAACAAUAUUGAGAAUGAUCAAAGUUCAAAGGAAGACUGGGAAAUAGGGAGUUCCUCAUUUGCCAUGGAGAAGCCCCAUCUCUUGACUAGAUCUGAAGGAGUUGCCUCAGCUUGGGAUCCUGACACGAGACCUCCAUUCGAGGGCUCUUCUGAGAGGAGAGGCUGUCUGAAGAGUGAGUGGCCUCUGGCUGGAGGGAGUGCCACAGCUGCAGUAGAUAAGAUCAUACUGCUUUGCCCAUCUGAGACAGGCUGUGCUGUGGGGCAGGCCAGGAUGAAUACCUUUGAGCAAGGAACACAGACCCUAGGCAGCAGGCUCCACUGGAGUUGCACCGAUAUCUCUGCUCAGUCUGAUGCCAGGACAAUGUCAGACUCUGAACUGGCCUCCUGGAACAGCAUGCACAACCUUUCUCUCCACCUCUCACAGCUUCUGCACAGCACUUCCGAGCUGCUUGGGAGUCUCUCUCAGCCAAAUGUAGUCCCAAAGGAGCAGAACAUCAAGAGUGACUCCCCAGAUGAGGCCCCACAGGCCCUCAUGAUGGACGGUUCUACUCAGACCACUGUUGAUGAGGGUAUCCAGACAGACCUGGCCUUACCUCUUCUGCCCUUCCAGGCCCAAGAUGUCAAGCCUCAGGAAGUCAGUGUGAUCCUUGAAGUGAUGGACUCAGGUAUCACCACCGUGGUUCAAGAAAAGGGAGAUGUCCCAGAAGUGUUUGAGAAGAAAGGGGCCGAGGAAACAGAAUCCCCAGAUCCCCAUGAAGGAAGUACCCACUAUAAGCUACAGAGCCCUCCUGUGCCCUCAUCACACUUGAAGUUUCAGAAAGCCCAUCUUGGGCAGAACCUUCCUUUUGUGAGCCCCCCAGCUUCUACUGAUGUUUCCUCACCUGCCAGCCUGCAGCCAGAGGAAUCUUCCAUGGUGGUCAACAGUUCCAGCAUCUCCCAUCACUCAGGGCUCUUAGUUGGUACUUCAGAGUUCACCCAGGAGCCUAGUACCCAGAAGAACAUGGGCCCCUCGAGUGCCAUGCUGGUGGACAGGGCUUCCUCUCCAAUCCUUACAUUUAGUGCCAGCACCCAGGAGUUGAGCAACCCCUUAGCCUGUGUGACUCUAUCAGCUCCCUCAGCUCAUCCUCUUGAAGACUUCCAGGAGAUUAACAUCAGCCCUGACCUUGCUGUUGGUAACUCAAGACCUUCAGUGGAUAAUUCUCAAGCCACUAAUGAGUCUGGCGUCUCUCAGAGAGUUAGGUCUCCGGAUGGAGAAGGCAAGAGCCCCUUAGAAAAGUGUCCUGAGAAAUUAGUUCUUGAUUCUAGCCCCCCAUGCUGCCCACAGCAGAACUCUAGUCUCCAAGUUAGUGUCUUAGGGCAGGCCCUUCAGCAGCUUCAGCCCACGAGCAGCACUGGAGACCCAAGCAGACUGCCAUCUCCUCCUCCAAGACACAGGAGCCUGAAAUUAGAUGACAGCUUUGUGCCUGAGAGGGUGGCUUCCAUGGAGCAUGGUCCACAGGACAGCAGGAGGCCAAGUCAGUGGCAGGGCAGGAUAGCAAAUGGGGAUGAGAGCUCAGUGUCUAUAGUAGAGCCACAGCCCAGCCUGGAUCUAUCUUCUUCAUGGAGAGGUCUUCAGCCCCUGAGCCCUUGUCCCAUCUCUGAUGCUACAGGGCUUCAAAGGCCUACUGUAGAGUCACUUCAGGCCUGCCAACCUGUGGGGCUGCUCUGCCCUGGUUCACAUGUGUGUGUGGCCUCUGAUCUCCAGCAUCACAGCCUGAGGGACCUCCCAGUUCAUAACAAGUUUGAUAACUGGUAUAGAGUUCAGGAUAAGUCUUGUGGAGGGCUGCAUGUCAGUGAGAAUCUAGGGGUCAGGUGUGAUUCCAGUUCUGCAGACCAAACACAAAGGCCCCUGCAACCUCCUGACGACUACAGCCAGGAUCCUGAGUGGCUCCGAUUGGAGCAUAUCCCUUUGCAAGUUGGGGUCCAGAAACCCUCACUCAGUGUGGAACUCACAGAAGCAAAGCUGCACCGUGGCUUUGGGGAGACAGAUGCCCUGCUGAAGGUGCUGCAGAGUGAGACAGGGGAGGUGCUUACUCCUCAAAAACCUGCUGUGUCCUCUUGGGAGAAGCCCUACACCAGGCAGAAAAAGACCAUAGAGACCCUCAGGAGAGAGAGGGCUGAGCGACUUCAUAACUUUCGUCGAACACGAAGCCUCAGUCCCCAGAAACAACUCGGCUUCCUGCCCAACAAGGAUCUCCCCACCUGGGAAUUUGACUUGCCCAGCAGACGCCGAGAAUACCUGCAACAGCUGAGGAAGGAUGUCGUAGAGACCACUAGGAUCCCAGAACCAGCGUCAAGAUCAGCCAACCUACCCUCUGACAUUGAGCUGAUGCUUCGAGACUAUCAUCAAGCCCGCGAGGAGGCCAAAGUGGAGAUUGCCCAGGCUCGAGAUCGGCUCAGGGAGCGGACCGAACAAGAAAAGCAGAGAAUCCGCCAGCAGAUCAUCUCCCAGCUGUUGAAGGAAGAGGAAAAACUACAAACUCUAGCCAACUCUAGCUCCCUGUGCACCAGCUCCAGUGGAAGCCUGUCUUCUGGCAUCACAUCUGGUUACAACAGCAGCCCAGCCUUCUCAGGCCACCCCCAGUCCCUAGAGGUCAAGGAGGACUCUCGGGUACCAGACUUCCAAGACACUUGGAUAGGUGGUUGGCAGUGUCGGUCCACAGUGAGGAACAGUCAGCUGUAUCUGACCGGAUCUACCUGGAAAAGCUUAACCCACAGUCGCAGAGCCUCCCUGGGCAGUGGCUGCUGCUCUCCCUCCAGCCUAUCUAGUUUAGGGACCUGCUUCUCCUCUCCCUACCAGGAUUUGGCUAAACACAUUGUCAACACCUCAAUGGCUGAUGUAAUGGCUGCUUGUUCAGAUAAUCUCCACAACCUCUUCAGCCGCCAGGCAACAGCUGGCUGGAACUACCAGGGUGAGGAACAAGAGGUGCAGUUUUACUACAAGGAAUUCUCUUCUACUCGACACGGCUUCUUGGGUGCAGGUGUGGUGUCACAGCCACUGUCUCAUGUGUGGGCAGCUGUGAGUGAUCCCACUCUGUGGCCUCUGUACCACAAGCCCAUCCAGACAGCAAGGCUACAUCAGCGAGUGUCCAACAGUAUCAGCCUGGUUUACUUGGUGUGUGACACCACACUGUGUGCGCUGAAGCAGCUGCGUGACUUCUGCUGUGUCUGCGUGGAAGCGAAAGAGGGGCACCUGUCAAUUAUGGCAGCUCAGUCUGUGUAUGACACAUCCAUGCCAAGACCCAGCAGAAAAAUGGUCCGAGGAGAGAUCCUGCCCAGUGCCUGGGUCCUGCAGCCUGUUAUCAUGGAGGGGAAAGAAAUAACCAGAGUCAUCUUCCUUGCCCAGGUGGAGCUGGGUGCACCAGGCUUCCCUCCUCAUCUUCUGAACUCCUUUAUCAAACAGCAGCCGCUGGUUGUGGCCAAGCUGGCAUCCUUCCUUGGUAGUUAGUAUUAGGCUGUGGAGAUAGCUGCUGAGAUGUAGGCCCAGAACACCUGAGACUCCAUAGCUGCUUCUAUACCCUGAGGUAAGAGAAGCCCAGGCUGCCUGUGGUAGCCAACUAUACAAAUGGCAUCAGCCCAGCAUUGCCAGCAAAAUCAGUAUUUAGUACUUGGUUACCUCUGAAGAGUGAGCAACCUAAAUUUCCUGGCCCUGCCUGUCCAAUGAAACUCGAUUUCUCACCUUUAUUUCCUGCCUCUGGGACUCAACAACACACCAAAGACUGGAAAAGGUAUAGCCUGUAGAGCUGGGGACUGCAGUGCCUUGGCAAGGUGCCUCCUUGGUAGGCAAGCACUAGCCAAGGGUGCCCUGAAUCUGCCUCCAACAUUCAUCUCCAUUUUGUGAUGGAGUGACAGAAAGGCUCAAACCAGUUUAAAGAAUCAACUGCACAAACCAAAGUCUGAUUCAGAAUUGUUUUUUUCUCACCGAGUGUUUACAAAUGCUUUACUAUUCGUAUUUACCUACGCACGCACACCCUACUAAUACUGGGUCACUCUGUGUUACUGGUACAGUUAGUCUACCUUGAGCUCAGUACAAUGGGAGGCAACUGUGGGGCCUGAAGACCAGUAACAGGUAGGAAGAGCUACAUGCUGUU